AAGUCAUGCCUGCAGUAACAUCAGUAAGCUCUUCUUUGUUGAUGAAGCAUGGGGUCUUGGAUUCAAAUACUAUUGAGGAGGUGACUUUGAACAUUGGAGUUAAUGAGGUUGUCAAUUUGCUUAUUUGCUCAUUUAUUUCAAAAACUCCUCUGACUGAUGUUCUUCUACUGCAUAGACCACUAGCAAACUUGAUCAAAAAUAUUAGUAAUCAACCAAUAUGCAUAGAUUACUAUUCUGCAAGAGUCGGAGACAUGGUGUAUGAUGAAGCCAAUAUUAAGUUGAAGCUUAUAAUUAGCAAAUCUAAGAAGGUGGUUUGCUAUGCAGAAGCAGGGGAAGAUUUUGUUAAUCUGCUUUUCAGCUUCCUAGUUCUUCCACUUGGUUUUUUGUUAAAACAAAUGCAGUUUGGUACUUUGAAGGGAUGCAUUGAUCACUUGUACAAAAGUGUCCAGGAUCUUGAUCAGCAGCUCUUGAAGUCUAGAUACUCCAAGGAAGUGCUAGUUAACCCCAAGCUUCCCUCAGGAUUUUGCUACCAGAACCAUCCUUUAGGAAUUGGAACGGCCACAUUUGAUAUUGCGGCAGCUGAAAUCGUGGACCCAAAAUCCCCUUCUGGUGAAGACAGGAAUCAAGGAUUCUUAAAAGGACCAGCAAUAUUUCUGGUGACUGACAAUCUUUUUGGAAGUCCGGUAUCUCCAGUCUUGAUCAACAAUAUUCUGAACAAAAUGAAUGUGUGUAUCACUGAUAUUGAAGUGCAAACAGUGCUUCUGGGCAGGGAAGAGGCUUUCAGUCUUUUGGUGGCAUCUUUUGUAUGUGACUCUGCUCUAACAAGUGUUUUACUUGGGAAGAUAAAGCAGGAACGAUGAAGAUCAUGAUGCUGGAUUAUUAUAUUGCAUUUAGUGUUACAAACUUGGAACUCUAGUAAGUAGUUCUCUUUAUUGCCUUCGUAAUUAGGACAAGUGAGAGCAAACAAGAAACAAUGAGCAUCAUGAUUGAUUGCUUAGUUAUCUCUUAUACUAUUUGAGUCACUGGAAUUUCCAAAAACAAUGAGGAUUACCAACUUUACCAUAAUUGGACAUGGUUUUGUAUCUCCUACUUCUAUGCUUACUGUUAAAUUUUGAUCAAAUCUAAUGUAAGCACAAAAUAGAAUACAUUAGCAGGUCACACUUUCAUCACCUCAAAUCCUGAAUAACAGGGUCAGGUAAUCUUAUUCAGAUUAUUUAAGACAGGGAAGAUGAAAGAUAACUUACCUACAUCUGUUCCUUGCUCAUCUCACCAAAUCGCCGCGGUUAUGUGGUAAACGGAAAGUCUCGCAGGGGCGACCUGAGAACACGUGGUUAUGUACUCUCACUUUGGAGUGUGGUGAGGGUGCACACAUGUGGUCUCAGGUCGCUCCUCAGGGACUCCUCUACCCUUUGUGGCUGGCUUAUGCUGUGAACAUAUACACACCUCUACAUUCCUCAUCUUAUCAUUU